UCUCAUCACAGAACUCCUUAAUUCCACUGUGAUCGUAAGAAAUGGCAUUUGCAGCUAAGAGUCUCUACUUGGUCUUCUUUGUCUCUCUAAUAUUCUCGUUUGUUGUUCUCACACAACAAUCAUCCAUUCAGCAGAAUGUCACUCUACAAUCAUCAUAUGAUUGUGUUUACACAGUAUACACAAAAACUGGGACAAAAAUCGGUGCAGGAACAGAUUCAAACAUAUCACUAGCACUCUACGAUUCAUAUGGUAAUCAUAUUGUAAUUCUAAAUCUGGAGAAAUGGGGUGGGUUGAUGGGACCAAAACAUGACUAUUUCGAAAAUGGUAACCUUGAUAUUUUUAGUAAUUUGGGUGGAUGUUUAAAAGGGCCUGUUUGUGCAAUAACACUUGCUUCAGAUGGAACCGGGUCACAGAGUAGUUGGUAUGUUGAAGAUUUACAAGUUACAACUACAGGUCCCCGUAUUCCUUGCGCUCAGAAGCUUUUUACCAUUGAACAAUGGCUUGAUCUUGAUACUUCACUUUCUGUUACCAAGAAUUUGUGUGCAAAUGUAACGUCUUUGGCAUCUAUGUAAUAUUUGAUCAAUGUACGGAGUCUGUUGAAUAAGAUUGGUGUCAAAUAAUGAGACUCAUGAGUGAAGUAAUAUAAUAAAUGUUUGGUUUCUUCUUGUUCA